ACAUUUAAUUCAUUUCAAUAGGAAUAGUGUCAUUGAUUCCAAAAGCUAACAUCAUACACCUAGCGAUUCGAGCGAUGAUAAUUUAACUCAAACACAUGGUAUGGACGUCUCCAUAUGAGUGAAAUAUUCUCGAGAGGGACGGUAAACAAUAUACAAUCACCAAUGCAUCGCAUACUUUGUAAACCCCACACACGAAUAGUCAAAGGACUAACCUUUCAAACGAUACUUAUUAUCUUGAUCUAUCAGCACCAUCUACAGAAUGUACCUAGAUAGUUUACAACAUCUAAACCACAUGUUUACUACUUCAUGUUUUUUUCUUCAAAUAAAUGAAAUAUGCGGGCUAGGCCUUCAUGGAGCAAUACAAAUUAAAUAGUUGGGCAAACACGGACUCCUGGACACACCAGAGAUGGGAUCAGGUGCCUUGGAGGAGUUGUAAAGAAAAAUUCACAAUAAGUACGACAUUUCAAAUAAUCCAAAUGACCCCUGAAAACCGAUAUUUCUUUGCUGCAAUGCCACUAGAAAACUUAGAAGUUAGUUCCUUAUUCAUGGUAGUCAACCAGUUCUCUCUGGUAUGUUACAAAGCAGCUGAUGUGUUUAAGGUUCAGAAUCAUUAAAUGUGAAAAUGAGUCAAUUACAAUUAAAAAUAUAUUAUACAUCAGCAUAUUCAUUUUACCCGUAUUGCCCAAACACGACCAACUGUGAUAUCUAUUAGAAAAUAUGGCAAAUCACGAUAAAUUAAAGACUAGACUUUUUGAAAUCAUAGACAGUUGUUUCUUCAACAAAAAUGGAAAAAGAAAAUAUUCAUAUUUAGUGAUCAUUCAUCCAAAAAUUUACUUUGUUAAUUACCGCUCUGAUUCAACGCUCAAGUACUCCAAAGUUGAAAUAAAAAAUGUGCUAGAGUUCCUUAUUGACAAUAUCUUCGUGGUCUUUGGUAAUCAGGUCUUCCAACAGUCUGUUGGAGUUCCCAUGGGCACGAAUUGUGUUCAUUUGUUAACUUAUCUGUUUGUAUAUUCAUACGAAGCAGAAAUUAUUCCAAAACGUUUACGUGAGAAGAGAAAAUUUCUUGCUGUGGACUUCAAUUCUACAUUUAGAUAUAUCGACGACGUUUUGUCUAUUAACGAUAAUAACUUUCAUUCAUAUGUCGAAUCGAUAUAUCCCUGUGAACUCGAAAUAAAACACACCCCAGAGUCGUCCACUUCUGCUUCAUACUUCAAUAUUUUAUUGAAAGUAGACAUUAAAGGCAAAUUGACAACUCAACUGUAUGACAAACGGUAUGAUUUCAGCUUCUCCGUCGUCAAUUUCCCAUAUUUAUGUAGCAAUAUUCCAUUAUCACCUGUAAAUGGUUUUUAUAUCUCUCAACUGAUUAGAUAUGCAAAAGUUCGAUCCGUGAAUAAUCAGUUUUUAAAUCGAGGCAAGCUACUGAGAAACAAGUUGAUGGUACAGGGGUUUCAACAGUCUCGAUUGAAGUCAGCAUUUCGCAAAUUAUAUGGUCGUGAUAACGAUCUAGUUCGUCAAUACAACCUAUCAUUGGGUCAAAUGCUGUCUGACGUGUUUCAUACCGAUUGUUAUUCCGUUCUUGGCACACUGAUUUUGACUACAGAAAAUUUUGUUUACCUGAUCAAGAUAUAGGGCUCACGGUGAGUGUGACCGGUCAACAGGGGAUGCUUACUCCUCCUAGGCACCUGAUCCCAUCUCUGGUGAGUCCAUGAGUUCGUCUUUGCCCAACUAUCUAUUUUGUAAUGCUUAUAGGAGUUAUAAGAUUGAUCCCUGUUCGUUAUCUUCACCUUUAAUGUACACUCCCAUCAGUACAAUUUAUUUGGUUCGUGAAAGGUAUGGCGUAUAGUAACACCUGUUGUGCUGAGAACCUUAUAUCAAGAUAAAAAGUUUGCUACAAGUACUACAUUUAGACAGCAAAUUGAUCGUACAUUAAGGGUGUACUCUCGUGGUACUGUUACCGCAAAUGAGUCUCCAUACUUUUUAAAGUCGUAACUAUGGGAAUACGUGUGUUUUAUUUUGUAUGCACAAAGAAGAACAUUAAUAUCUGUUUUUAUUUGUAAGUAAUGUUAAUAAACUUACAAAAAUUAGUUAAAACAUGACAAUUUUUUACUUAUUUUCUCAUUUUACGACAUUCACGAUGACGUUGCGAUUGUAAACAAACUCGAGCUCGAAGACGCACACUGUAUGAUGUCGCAUUUAGUCUAUUCUAAAGCAGUCCAGAAACAUACAUGAAGUAAAAGGGCAGUUAUAGAUCAGUCUGCAUCCGAUAUUCUCACAAGUGAGUGGCAGACAAAGAAAAUUACAGACAAGCAGGCACAACCACGCACAUGGUGACACACUACAGUACUGUACAUAGUGUCGGACGAGAAGGAUGUUAGCGAUGUAGUACCCGAAUCAAAGUCUGCUGAUAUAGUAUGAAUUCCUUUUAGCUACAUCCAUUUGGUAACCACAGUGAGAGGGAUGAGUCGUGCUAUCAUCAUAUAAAGAAUCAUACCUGGAAGUGCAUGGCCACAUGGAAGCUGACUGUUAAAACUAGUUUUUGGAUAAUAACUCAAGUACUUUGCAUUCUAUUCAAACCAAAUUUGGACAUAAAGAUACAUACAAAGAAAGGAAUAUGCCUAUCAAUUUUGGGAUCAGAAGGUCAAAGAUUAAGAUCACAGUGCAUGGAAUUUACGUGGGUACGUUAAGGCAGGUUCUGAAAAUUUUUACUGGGAUAAAAUCCGCGAAACAAUGUGACGUCAUAAUUGAAAUAAGUAUAUCACUAAGUAUAUAUGAAAUUCCGAUUUUAUUUUUUAUUUAAGUUUUAUUUAUGCAUAAAAUAAACCAUGCAGCAACUAAAAUCCAACGAAAUUCGAAAUGCUAUACUGCUCUUGUGUAAUUUCUGUCUGAUCGAUAUGAAAGUAAACUGAUGACGUCAUGACUAUACAUCGAGUGACGUUGACACAUGCAAGGAAUUUGUUUAUGUGUGUCAUGCAAAUAUCGACAAAAUGUGGAGUAUUUGAAAUAUAUGACAUGGGAUAUAUGGAAUAUAUAUGUGAAACGAUGAGAAUUUAUUGAUAUUAAGAAGGUAUGAUGAUAUCAUUCAUUGACAAUUUUGUUUAAAGGAGAAAACAUUCCAUUUAGCAUGUCGAUCAGAUUUUCCUCUGUCACACACUGAAAUAAAACUGCAAAAGUAGCACAUUAGGUCGCAUACUUUUAGAGACUUUUUAUGCACUGUUUGAAAGGUCAUAAACUAAUGUACACGGCAAUUACUGAUAGAAUCGUCUGUUAAGAAAACUUUUAAGGAAAACUGCAUAGCAUCAGUGCAAAAUGUAAAACAUGGGCUAGAUGGUUUCGUGUUUAAAUGUUCAAUAAUUAUUUCUUAUUGAAAGUGGUAGGAUUCUAUCAGUAAUGCUGAUAUACUAUGGGUAUCCUACCGUCAUUAUCGCCAGUUAGACCAAUAUCUAAAUCUUGGGAUAAUGUGUUACUUUUACAUUUUCUAUUAAGGCACCUCCAUGAUCUAUUUAUAACAGUCAUGCAAUGACGUCAUACGGAAGCGCAUGUUUGUCAUGUUGUUAUGAUACAAGAUGUUCUCAUGUAAACAACCAAAAUAGUUCUUAAGAGUUAGUAGCUCCCUCUUUUUGUGUAAGACAGAUUUUAAAAAUGAUGCAGUUUACGUGCAUAAAUGAAGCAUGACCUGCCUUAACAUACCCGAGUAGAAAAUGCCGAUGCGGGAGCAUAUGUUUUACACAUUCUGUAGUUGUAAAUGAAUUAGUAUUGUAUAUAUGCAUAUAUUAUUUAUGUUGUCUGAUUAUUUAUCAUAUAAUGAAAUAAAUAUAUAAAAUUUGUAAA